CCACAGCAGCAUGAGAAGGAGGUUCUCACUGACCAGGAGAGGAACUCCAGUCUGGACCAAGAGGAACCAGAGUCUCUACAGAUUAAAAAGGAAGAGGAGGAGUGGAUUGAACUGAAGCAGGAGACCUUUACCUUUAUGUUGACUCCUGAUAAUGAAAAAAGUGAUCACAUGGAACCAGAACCAGACACUGACCACCAGCUCUUCUCUGCUGUAGCUGAGAGUCAAGAACAGACAGUCCACAUGAGAAAUAUUACAGAGCUUCCACCGAAAGAUGUUCUCACUGAGCAGCAGCUCUGUAACCAGGAGAGGAACUCCAGUCUGGACCAAGAGGAACCAGAGUCUCUACAGAUGAAAGAGGAAAAGGAGGAAAUCUGCACCAGUCAGGAGCAGUUUGAACUGAAGCAGGAGGCUGAUACCUUUAUGUUGACUCCUGAUAAUGAAGAAAGUCAUCACAUGGAACCAGACACUGACCACCAGCUCCUCUCUGCUGUAGCUGAGAGUCAAGGUCAGACAGUCCACAUGAGAAAUAUUACAGGUGAAAAAACCCAUGUGUGCAAUAUUUGUAAGAAAUGUUUUGAGUGUAAAAGCGGUUUGAUGAACCACAUGAGAACUCACACAGGUGAGAAACCCUACAUUUGCCACAUUUGUAAGAAAUGUUUUACCCAGAAAGGUAACUUGAUGAACCACAUGAGAACUCACACAGGUGAGAAACCCUAUGUUUGCCAUAUUUGUAAGAAAUGUUUUACACAGAAAGCUUCCUUAAAGAACCACUUGAGAACUCACAACGGUGAUAAGCCAUAUUCUUGUGAAAUAUGUGGAAACCGUUUUGGGCGAAGUUCAGAAUUGAAAGAGCAUAAUAGAACUCACACAGGUGAGAAACCCUAUGUUUGCCACAUUUGUAAGAAAUGUUUUACACAGCACUCUACCUUGACAAACCACAUAAGAACUCACACAGGUGAGAAACCCCAUGUUUGCCACAUUUGUAAGAAAUGUUUUACACUGAAAUGUAACUUAAUAGACCACAUGAGAACUCACACAGGUGAGAAGCCAUAUGUUUGCCACAUUUGUAAGAAAUGUUUCUCACAGAAAUCUACCUUGACAAACCACGUGACAACUCACACAAGUGAGAGGCUAUUUUCUUGUGAAAUAUGUGGUAAGUGUUUCGGGAAAAGUUCAGGCUUGAAAAAUCACAAAAUAAAUCACACCGGUGAGAAGCCAUAUGAGUGCCACAUUUGUAAGAAAUGUUUUGCACUCAAAUCUACCUUGACGAACCACAUGAGAACUCACACAAGGGAGAGGCCUCUUUCUUGCGAAACAUGUGGUAAGUGUUUUCUACAUAGUUCAGAUUUGACGGACCAUGUGAGAACUCAUGGGAAAUGCCUUAUUCUUGUGUAACAUGCAGAAAGUGUUUUGGAUGAAGUUCAGAUUUGAGAAAGCACAAAAUAAUUCACACAGGUGAGAAGUCCCAUGUUUGCCACAUUUUAAGGAAUGUUUUCCAUUUAAAAGUUACUUGAUGAACCACAUGAGAACUCACAUAGGUGAGACGAAACCAUAUACCACUGACUUGUAGAGCUGAAACGAUUAAUCGAUUAUUAAAGUAAUUGACAACUAUUUUGAUAAUUUGAUAAUAAUUUUCUUCAACUCUUCACUCCGGAUAACAAAGAAAUCCUUAAAACUGAAUCUGAUAUUUUACAGACCAAUCGAUUAAUGGAGAUAAUAAUCGACAGAUUAAUCAAUGAUGAAUAUAAUCGUUAGUUGCAGCUCUACUGACGUGGAUGGUCUCAGAAUGUUAUGAGCCUCAUUUAUUUGAAAGUUCACCAUAGGUUCGACUCACUUUCAAGCUGCAAAUUUGAAACGUGAACUCAGAUCAAAGUAGACGUUGAGUGCGUUGCAGUCACUUGUAUAAACUUCAUCGAAGCCGUUUUUCAUUAUCUCGGCCAUGACAGUGAGUUUAAACUUAUUCUUGAAUCAAUUGUUUUAGUUUACUUGUGUUUAUCGAUCAUCAGCAGUGUCUUUAGAGUUGACUCAUUUAGUCCUUUUUUAUUUGAUCCUUCUUAUAUGAUGAUGGUCCUGAUCAUUGAAGCUGUAUUUGUUUAAACACAUUUAUUGUCGUCUUUAAAGUCCUGGAAAUAAAAGGUUUGAGUUUGUA